GCCCUUCACUUCUCGAACCCUUCGCUCACCCGCCCUGUCAUGACGGACACCAACGGCGGCGCCGACCUAGAAUCGGCUCAGGUGGCCAAGGCCGAGAUGGAGGUCAACCCCCACACGGAGGUGGAGCCGCUUUCAGCCGCUCAUGUAGAGCAGCAGAAGUGGCCUGGCUGGCCUGGGGACAACGUCUUUCGGCUGAUCGUGCCCGUGACCAAGGUGGGGAGCAUCAUCGGACGCAAGGGUGAGUUCAUCAAGAAAAUAUGCGAAGAGACCCGCGCUAAGGUCCGUAUCCUUGAAGGAGCCAUCGGCACUCCCGAACGCAUUGUAUUGAUAUCAGCAAGAGAAGAACUAGAGACAGCAUUAUCACCAGCAAUGGAUGCCGCCUUAAGGGUAUUUAAGCGUGUCAAUGACAUCUCAGAGGAUGAUGGUCCAUCUACACUAUGUUCAGUUAAAUUACUGAUCGCAUCAUCACAAGCAAUUUCUUUAAUAGGAAAGCAAGGUGCUUCAGUUAAAGCUAUACAAGACAAUUCUGGUGCUGGUGUGCGCAUUCUGGCUAAAGAGGAGCUUCCAUACUAUGCAACUGCAGAAGAACGAAUUGUGGAUAUACAGGGUGAAACUUCGAAAGCUCUGAAAGCACUAGAGGCAGUACUUGCUCAUCUCAGAAAGUUUCUUGUUGAUCACAGCAUACUCCCUUUGUUUGAGAAGAGUCUUGUGCCACCAGCAGCUCAAGAUCAGGCAAAAGAUCCUCGGGGUGAUAAGACACAAUCCUUGAUUCAUUCUGCUCAACAAACUGGAUCUGGAAAGGAUUUCUCUGUUUCAUCGAACUUGCUGCACAUGGAAAAUAGAAUUCCAAUUGAUUUGCCAUAUCAACGUGCUAGACUGUCAAUAUAUGGUCAAGAUCCUUCUUCAGCCAUACGUACUCCAGCACUAGGGCGUACGGCUAGUUCUUUGAUUUCUCAGAUCACCCAAACGAUGCAGGUUCCGCUGUCAUAUGCAGAGGAAAUCAUUGGUAUUGGAGGAGGAAAUAUAUCAUUCAUUCGCCGUACUAGUGGUGCAGUUAUUGCACUCGAGGAGAGUAGAACUGUACCUGAUGAAAUAGUAAUCGAGAUAAAAGGCAAUUCGACUCAGGUUCAAACUGCACAGCAGCUCAUUGAGGAUGUUGUAACUGGGCAUAAAGAACCAGCACCUAGGAGCUAUAGCAGCUACGACACUGAUUACCGGUCAUCUUACGCCAACUUAUCAGGUUCAGGGUACUUAUCUUCGCCUUUUAGAGGCUAUGGAUCUUCCAGUUUAGGAGGGUAUGGAGCCUACCGACACUGAAUACUAGUAAAACCUGGUGGGUUAUUCAGUUAGUAGUUGUAAUAGUUGCCCGAGGCUUUCUUUCCAAAACAAAUUCUGUGAACCAUGAUGAAUGAUAUUAGACUCUCAUUUGGUGAAAGCUUGAGAUUGCUCCGAAUCCCCAGCAAAUUUAUGCUACCAAGCAUUGUAUCGCAUUUGGUAAUGCUUAAUGGAUAAUUUAUAAUGUUAUAUCCGUUAUCAAAAUCAAUCAAUUAAUAUUCUGAUAUUGAA